UAAACACAAUAAUAAAUGUGAUAGACAUGAUAAAAUAAAAACUCUGAUAGUAUUACUACAUUACCAGAAAGUGCUUGCUGCAGUUUCCAGUGGAGUGGGGAUGACACCUUUCAUCAUGGUUUCCUGUUCCUUCAACCUGUUAUUGAAAAAACCCCAGAACCAAAGCCCAACCAAACUACCUGCUGUCUUCUUCCAGACAUCUCAUACAAAGAGAGUGCCUGCAAGCUUUUACAACAGUACUUUUCCCCUUCCAUUUCAGGUCUUUUACCAUGAUCUCAGCACAGCAGCCACUGUUCCCCAACAAAAUUCAAAGAGUAAUGGACUGCCAAAUUAAGGAAGAAGAAACUUGUGAAGAGCAGUAUGACUCUGAAAACUGCACUUGCAGCUGUAAGAGUGCAUCAUCAACAGCAGAAUCCAACACAGAUUCACCAGUAAUUCUUAAAAUACUACAGAACUGGGUUCCUAGAGUUUCACACUACUUUGAUAAAGAGCACUACACGUACGUUGGCCACCAGAUCAUCAUUCAGGAGUCCAUAGAACACUUUGGAGCUGUGGUAUGGCCGGGGGCACUGGCUUUAUCUCAAUAUCUGGAAUCAAAUCAAGAACAAUUCAACCUCAAAGACAAAAAAGUUUUGGAAAUUGGCGCUGGAACAGGCUUGGUUUCCAUUGUGGCCUGUAUCUUAGGAGCUUAUGUUACAGCUACUGAUUUGCCUGAAGUCCUUGAAAAUCUCUCAUAUAAUAUUUCAAGAAAUACACAAAACCUGAAUAUGCAUAAACCUGAAGUGAGAAAACUAGUAUGGGGAGAAGACCUCAAUGAAGACUUUCCUGUAUCAACUUACCAUUAUGAUUUCAUACUGGCCACUGAUGUUGUUUACCAUCAUGCAGCUUUGGACUCCCUGCUAGCAACAAUGGUGUAUUUUUGUAGGCCAGGAACAGUAUUACUAUGGGCAAAUAAAUUCAGAUUCAGUACAGACUAUGAAUUUCUAGAAAAACUUUGCAACAUAUUUCACACAACCAUUCUAGCAGAAUUUCCAGAAUCAGAUGUCAAGCUGCUUAAAGCCACAGUAAGAGAGAAUUAAAGAAAAACUAUUACUAAUUCUGAUUUAGUGGCAGCACCUUUCGGAAUGUUUUGGAGCAUUACGGUGUACCCUCUGUACAUUUACGUUUGUGAAGUUGCAGCUGUAGCUGAGUUUUGCAUUACGAGUUAUGCAAAAACAGGCAAGACAAAUGAUACAGCAAUUCGUCUCUGGCUGAUACACAUGACCUGUUCAAACAGACCAAUUUCACUCCACUGAAGGAACAAUGUUAUUAGUAACAAUAGUUAGUAAAAAGGCUUUAACAGAAAACACUGACCUUCUGGGCUGCACUGAACUUCUAUUAUUUGUAAUGUGUUUUCUUUCAACAAGUUCCAUUUCUGUACU